CUUAAAGUUGCUACAGUUUUAGUUUAAAGUAAUAAGUCCUCCAAAUCGUGCGCAAUGUUUAGAGUUCGCGAAUAACAAGACGUUCGACCAUGGAUAUCCAUCGGCUUCUCCCAAACUCGAUCCUCAUUGCCGUCUCGAUCAUUCUUGUUUUAUCGCUUCUGGAUGAUACUUGGGCACUCAAAUGCCGUACCGAGGAUGGUCCAAGUAGCGAUGAGAUACGAAAAGUGAUACGCGUCUGUAUGAAACGAAUUUCUUCGGAAUCAGAGAACAAAAGCAGCAACGAGUAUGAGAACUAUGAUUCAUCCUACUUGAAUUCGGACAGCGACGAGGAUCGAGAAACAAGCACCGAUGGAAACGUUCGACGCCAGGUCUCUGGAGGAGGUCAAAUGGAAAACACGAAACGAAAUGGUGAACAAAUGGGCAUGGGGAGGGACUCCAGCAGAAACAAUGAUGAUCGCCGAGGGAAUGGUAAAAAUCGCCAGGACAAUGGAAGACGCAAUGAUCGCGAUCAAGAGUAUGAUUACGGUCCUUCAAGACGAAGAAUGGAUGAUGGGCGGAAUCAGUAUGGAAGAUAUAAACGCCAGUACUACAAUGAUGGAUCGCAAGGAGGUUACGGAUACAGCGCCCAACAAAACGAACGAUACAACCGUGACCGCGAUAAUUUUAUGCAACCAAGCAGCAAUUCUUCCGGCAAUGGAACCUCCAACACGGAACGUGAUCGAGCAUGCAUGAUGCAGUGCUUUUUUCAAGAAAUGAAGAUGACCAACAAUGAAGGAUUUCCUGACAAACACAAAGUUCUGCACGUGGUAACGAAGGAUCUAAGGGAUUUCGAUCUGCGUGACUUCUACACGGACUCCAUACAGGAGUGUUUUCACAUGAUUAGUAUGGACAACAAACUCAAAGAUAAAUGCGAUUACUCGAUGAAGUUUGUUAUGUGUCUUGCGGACCGCGGUCAGGCCAAUUGCAACGAUUGGGACAAUGAAACGAUCAUGUUUUAGCGCACCCACUGGAUAAACUUCACACGCACCAGCAUCGCAAUGUCUCUCAUACACCGAAUUAAGCAAUUAAAUAAAAGCCAUGCAAAUGUAACAAUU